AUGCUCGCGACAACGACCACGGACCACCCCGCGCUGCUCCUGCCGCUGCUCAAGAUCGCCGCGCUGCUCGCGACGGGGUACGCGGUGCACCGCGCGCUGUCGCCCCCGAACCCGCCGCCCGCGCCCAAAACGUGCAUCGACAACCGCACCCUGUUCGAGCGCGCGAUCCGCCAUGUCACGUUCUGCAGCAAGAUGCUGACCUGGGCGAUCGUCCUGUGCGACGCGCUCGCGACGCUGCACCUCGCCGCGCCGAACCCCCUCACGCGCCCCCUCGCGUCCGUCCUCCUCCCCUCCGCCUUCCUCCCCCCCUCACAACCCCCCUCAUCAAUAUCCUCGCUGCCGCCGCCCUCAUCCCCUGUAUCUCUAUCAGCAGCGCUCACGACCCCGCACGCGUUCCUCCUCCUGGGCGCGGCAAUGGCGGUGGGCGGCGCGGUGCUGCGGCUCGCGUGCUUCCGCGCGCUCGGCACGCUCUUCACGUUCGAGCUCACGAUCUCCCCGACGCACACGCUCGUGACGGACGGCCCGUACGCGUGCGUGCGCCACCCGAGCUAUGCGGGCGUGUACGCGGUGCUCCUGGGCGCGUCCGCGGUUAUGUUGAGCCCGAGCGCGUGGCUGCGCGAGGCGUGGCUCGAUCCGAGCCUACGUGCACUCUGGCAUUCAGUGAGAGGAGGGGAGGCAGGGACGGGGGGAGGAAUGGGCGGGCUGGUGGGUGUAGGGCUGGCGUGGGUGUUCGUCGCGUUCUGGGGGGUGAAGGUGGUGUAUGCGCUGCGGAGCACGAAUCGGCGCGUGGGCACGGAGGACGCGGAGCUGCAUCGCGUGUUUGGCGCGCAGUGGGAGGAGUGGGCGGCGCGCGUGAGGUGGCGGCUCGUCCCGUGGGUGUUUUAG